AUGGGGCCGUUGGAGAAUGCUAAAAAGAUCGCAGCUUACAAAGCGGUCGACGAAUACGUUAAGAAUAACAGCGUUAUCGGGAUCGGUAGCGGGUCUACUGUAAUAUACGCUAUUCACAGGCUGGUGGAACGUACGAAGGAAGAGAAUCUCAAUGUUGUCUGUGUCCCAACGUCAUUUCAAGCUCGCCAGCUGAUAUUAGACAAUCACCUGACACUGGGUGAUUUAGAGAGCUAUCCUAAAUUGGAUUGUGCAAUUGAUGGAGCAGAUGAAGUUGAUUCUCGGAUGAAUCUCAUUAAAGGUGGAGGAGGAUGUUUGCUUCAAGAGAAGAUUGUUGCAUCCUGUGCUAAUCAACUUAUAAUAGUAGCUGAUUACACAAAAAAUUCUAAGAAACUUGGGGAACAAUAUAAGAAAGGCAUUCCUAUUGAAGUAAUUCCAAUGGCAUACGUUGCCAUACAAAAAAGAAUUGUAGCCAAUUUUGGAGGAACUGUUCAAGUUAGAAUGGCCUUGGCUAAAGCUGGUCCAGUCAUAACGGAUAAUGGCAAUUUCAUCCUUGACUGGCAUUUUCCGCCAGAGCUGAGUAAUUGGAAUGAAAUCAACAUAGAGAUCUCAAUGAUGCCCGGCGUUGUCGAGACAGGACUCUUUAUAAACAUGGCGAAGAAAGUAUACUUCGGAAUGUCUGACGGCAGCGUUAAAGAACAAGUUUAAUGUGUUCCAUUCACGUUUACUUAAAUAUUGUUUUAUGAUAUUUGAUACAAGUUACAAGCUGUGACAAGAGGAUUCGAACAAUUCUAGCUAUCUUUUCUGUCUCAAGUGAUAAUACGUGCCCAUGUUUGCCAUUCAGUACUCGUUACAUUUACACAUUUUUAUGUACUAACUCUGGCCAUGCGUGGAGUUUAAUUGCUUUCUACGGACUGAAACGUUUUCUGUAUGUCUUUUAAUUUGUUAUCAAACGAAAUACUUAAACGGCUAUGUACUUCGACACCGGAUGUCCGAGAAAUUUUGCCUCGAAGUGUGCUACAGAUGGUGCUCAAACGUGUAAUUUAUCGAUCAAUGUAAAACCAAAAAUUAAGGAUAUUAAAUAGGAUUUUUAUAUAA